AUGGCGACGAGGAAUUCAUUUAAGACAACGAUGGAAAAACCUGGUCAAAACAAGCUUGCACUAAGCUUUUCAUAUCGCGUACUAGAUGACGAUGAUAUUGACUUAUUGACCUACGGUAGCUCUAAGUACGCAUUCGUCACUGAUGGGGAUACACUGGUUAUUUAUGAUCCAGACAAAGAUUUGUACGCAGAUUGCUUUCAGCCAAAAAACCUAUAUUGGACAACCCUCACUAUCACAUCGGUAGUUGCCGACAAAGAUGAUUUCUUUGUCGGUAUGUCUGAUGGUAGAGUGUUUUCAUGUUCCAAAACGUCUAGCGGCUAUGAAUAUAAUCGAUAUAUUGGUACAAUCCCUGGGGCUUUCGUCGAUGAUGAAAAAGCAAAUCAGAAGCCGGAAACGCUCCUUGGAGUGAACGAGAAUUGGCUUGUUUACCAGAGCACUUGUCCUAGGCUUGUAUUCCGGUCUAGAGAAUCACAAUUAAACUCCAAGCCAACAUUCUCGCGUAGUUUCACAGGAAAGAUCAUAGCGCAUGCCUUCUGCAGCGAUACCAGUGUAUUAAGAGUGGUAGUUCGUGAAGAUAAAAGAAGAUACAAGCUCUAUAAGAUUGAUCCAAACAAGGAACGCAACAAGCAAGUUUUCAAGUUGCAAGUAAAGAAUGAUUCAGACACUCUGCUUGCAGUUUCCGAUAAAGGCGACAUGGCCUUUGCGGCUCUCAACGGAUUGCACAUCUAUCGACCAGAGACAGGUGAUAAUUCGCCAGGUUUUACGCAUCUUGACCCUCUUACUUCGAGUCUUCAAGCCUCAAGGUAUGGUGAUGCCUGCUUCGCCGCUUACCAUGGCAGUGAGUACUUUAUUCUCUGUAUAGGGGGCGCAAUAGGCAUCGCAAAGAAGCACCCUGAGAAGUGGGAGAGUGUCUGCUAUUGUUCAAAUAGGGCGCAGCAACGAUCCGCCGAGUUUGAGAUUAGCGAAGCCAAAUACCCUUAUUCAGAAGAUCCCAAAAUGGACGAUCAAGGAAGACUGGUCUUAAGGCUCGUAAACGAUCCCAACAGCAAUGACAAAGAACAAAGGAUUUUAUUCAGCUCAUCAUUCAUGACUGAUAAUGACCUUUGA